AUGUCAUCAAGUCUUCAGGUAUCUCACAGCCAAAGUGUCCUUCCCUUGUUCAUGGGUAAAGGCAGAAAUGUCACCUUCGUUCUGGACUCCUCUGUGGGAAUGAAUGGCUUUUUGGGGCCAGUGAAGAAUCUUAUCAUUCAAACAUUGAUUACUAAAGCUUCACUCAGAGACUCGCUCUUCAACAUUAUCAGCUUUUCAUACAAGUCGACAGCAUGGUCUUCUCACAUGAUGCCCGGCACCCCUGAUUCAAGAAACGGCAGAGGAAAUCUUUAUACGGUGGAGUUUGAUAAGUUUGGACCUAAAGGAAAUACAUUUAUGGACACAUUAAAUACAGUUCAGCCAAUUUGCCAGCCUGAUAUGGUUAGUCUAGCCAGUGCACAUAGGCACAGUAUAGUACCAGGAGACACUGUUCUGGCACCAUGGGAGCCAGACAUGAGACGAUAUGGGCCUGGAAGAGUCAUCUCCGGUAUGGAGCUAAGAGAUCCACUUAAAAGUGACGAAGGUCUUUUGGGACUCCAGGUUCUCUUCUGGAACGGGAUGACAAUUCAUGUUCCCAAACAGCUCGCAGUAUGGAUUCCAGCCUCUCAUCGUGAGCAAAUUAUCAAAGACCUCCAGCAUUAUUCAUCUCGGCCAUGUUGCUACAGGGUCUCCCACUGCGGCACCAUGAAUUGUUUUGAAUUACCAUGUCACCAGAGCAACCACCUCAGUCUGCCCUCCAUUCCACCAUGCCACUGUCCAGUCAAGAGAUGCUGGCCAAUGUUCAUGUCAUCUCCACUACUGAAUAACCAAAGGAGAGAUGAGCUGGAGAGGAAAUUUGAUCUCCAACUGAAAGAACUACAGAGCUCUCAACAGACACAAGUGCCUUCAUGUUCCUCAUCAUCAACCUGUGACUCAGAUGAGAAUGAGGAGGAUACUGCAGCUGAAAAACACAGGCCUUCAAGGUCAGAACUGGUGAGCCGAUCAAUAAACACAGAGAUUUCCUGCCUGAGAAAGCCAUACACUCAACCUGAGACCAGACCAGCCUGGAGAUACUGGAAAAGGGGUUCUGCAGAACCACAGCACAAGAAACCAGGAAGAGCAGUCAGGUCUCCAAAUGUCAGCCAUUCUUGGCCUAAAGACACUGGGAAUUCUGGGAGCUCUACAGAUAACGCUAUGAUGACCAAUCACAGCUCUUUAUUUAAGCUGGUUCCUGAUUCACCAAAACGAGGAGUUAAUAUGAGGGAAAUAUUUGGAUCAGCACAAGGCCAACUAAACUGAUAGUUCCACAGCCAAAGUUCAGAAUGUUAUUAUGAGUAUCGCCAAUGAGCUUUUGCUGAUUUUUUUCCCCAGAGAUGAUAUUUGUUUGUAAAUCAAACAUCCUAUGGUUGGUGUAUUAAUUAAAUACAAAAGACUAUUAUGUAAAAU